UUGCGUAAAACUAGAUUGAAAUCCGAAGAAUAAAAGACCAUGAUGUCACUUUAUUAUCUACCGGAGAUUUUUCUGCUUUUAGUCACUAGUGCGGGGGCAGUUUACGAACAAAAUCCGUUUUUUCAACAAGGUGGAUCAAAACCUCUUAAAAAAGACCUGAACCAAAUUAACAUGGCAAUUAUUGUACCACCUGGGGGUGCACCUUAUUUGACUGCGCCAGGACAACAACCUCCAUCACCUUCUGCACCUGGUUACGUAUGGGUUCAAGUGCCAUUAUCAAAUACUCCAAUCAAUGAAAUCAAACCCUCAACCACCCAAUCAACUCCCGGUUUGGCUGUUACACAACCAACAACCACAUCUACCACCACAAAAGAACCGAUCUUUACUAUAGAACCACCGGAGAUCUUAUAUGGUGGCGACCUAAACCGAUUUUGCCUUCAACCAACAGGUCAAUUUCCCAGCAAGGGUUGCAAUAAAUACGUUAAUUGCUGGCAAGGGAUUGCCAUAGAGCAGAGUUGCCCUGAAGGCCUUCUAUUUAGCCCUAUAAAGCUUUACUGCGAUUAUUCUCAAAACGUCGAUUGUCAAGGGAAAGCCAUUAUUGACACAUCAGCUUCACUAGUACCAACGACUGCUCCAUCUAGUCCUGCAGCAGUGGGAGCAUCACUGCGAAAAUUCUGCCUGAGACCAACCGGACUUUUCCCAGGCAGUUCCUGCAGUAAAUUCGUGAAUUGUUGGGGUGAUAAUACGGUGGAACAAGAUUGUCCCGAGGGACUACACUUUUCCACUGAAGGUUAUUGUGAUUACCCGGUAAAUGUGAAUUGUGUAGCACAGGAUGACAAGCACAUUCCCGAGAAUUUUUUUGCAUCUGUUACAAGCGAAUGCCCAUUGGAAUUUGGCACAUUUAGGGACAAAACGAAUUGCAGUCAAUAUUAUACUUGUGCCUAUAAUAAAAUCGCUGCCAGGUACGAGUGUCCUGACGGAUUGAGCUUUAGUGACAUUCUGGGAUUGUGCGAUUAUUCUUAUAGGGUGGAUUGCACCAAGGAGCCUCAAAUUUUCCAAAGAAAAAUUGAACACAACAUGCAAGAUAUGAUCGCCCAAGUUCAAAAUUGCACCCCCGGUACCGUUUUUGCACUGAACCCUCAAUGUACCAGCGCGUGUCGUUGUCGAGAAGGUGUAGCGGAAAUUAUCCAAUGUCCUAGCGGUUUCGCUUACGACAUUCAACUGGAUAAAUGCUUACCGUUACAUUUAGCACGAUGUUAAUUGAUUUACGUGAAUUGACAUCAGUGGGAAACGAACGAAGGCUGCUCUUGCAAUAUAGUUAAUUAUUAUUUUCUUAUUGUUUAACUCGGAUCAGAAACACGAAAUUAAAGUCUAAUAAAGUA